AUGCCGAACAUUUUUAUGGUGAGAAAAAAAAAUGCAGAAACCUUCCAUCAAGCAUGGUUACAUCAUGUUCGUCAUAAUGAUCAUCAUUCGGAACAUUUUAUCGAAGAUUAUCCAUCAGUUUCGAAAAUUCUUUGGAAAAAUGAUAAAUUAAAUAAUUUAAUUAUACAUGAAAUGCCUGAUGAUGCAAUUUUAGAAAUGGUUGCGGAUAAUUUAGCUGCAACAAGAUCAUAUGAAGGUUAUUGGCCUAAUGGAGCAAAAAAAGAUGGAUGGUCAUGGAUGACGGAAUCAUUCGAUCACUAUCGAUUACAUCCAAUAACAAGAUUAAAAUUCACUGCUUUUUUAUGUGCAUUAGGUUAUGCAAGAGUUUUACCACAAGAAUUCGAUUGGAAAACGAUUGGAAAAGCUAAUAUAUCAAAUGAAGAGAAAAAGAAACUUUUAAAACUUCAACAAAUUGCACAAUUAAAUAAUUAA